GUACCAGUCUAUUUGGAGGCCAAAUAUGAUACUUCGCAGCGCAAACUGUUCUCUGUGUUUAGUGUAUCUGAACUAGGCAGGUUUUCACGUGUUGUUUGAAGAUCACGAUCGCCCGGCGUCUGCUCGCCUUCGCAAUGGCUACGCCUACGGAUGCAGGAGUUGCCAAGAUCAAAGCUGAAUACCUCAAACAAGACCAUGUGCCUCAGCUGAAUCUUGAAUACACAUCUCCCGAGAUAAAGAAAGCCAUGGAAAGGCUGGCCGAUGCUUCUGGGGACGAACCGGCAAGCAAACGAGUAAAGAUCAAAGGACAGAACAAGAACCGACCGAGAGAGAAGCGCGCUCCUAUGAGUGAACGCCUGUGUCCGCAUCUGCUGAGGGAGACGGAGUGUCCGUAUGGUGACAAUUGCCGCUUCAUUCACGAUGUGGAACGCUUCUUGAAGAGUAAGCCACCAGACCUGGGCGAUCACUGCUUCAGCUUUGAGACUUACGGCAAGUGUCCGUAUGGCGUCGCCUGCCGCUACGGCUCGCGUCACAUUGCCGCCGACAACAGCAACGUCGUCAACGAGUCGCUCUGGCAGAAGACGCUCGCGUCACGAGGGGGCGCCACCGCGCUCACGGGGAACCCGCUCGGCAAGGACCUGCAGACGGCGCUGCGCCGCAAGGCGUACGACUUCUCGCGCGCGGACGCCGUGCUGAGAGAGGUCGGGGAGCGGUUGCGAAGCGGCCGCGCUGCGGCAGAGGGCGCCACUAAGCACCCCGUGGAGGCGGCGCUGGUAGAGGGCGCUUCUGUGUGCGAACCGUCGGCCGUCGCGUCGGUAGAGAGUGCGACUACUGUUCCCGAAUCGAUUAUCGUCGAACCCGCAUCUAUAGGUGGCGCCGCUAUGCACCCGUCGGUCGUAGAACAAGUGGCAGUCGAGAUUGCACAUCCGCAACCAAACGCUGUCGAAUCGGUGUCAGUAAAGAGUGGCUCUACUCUCCCUCGAUCGACCACCAUCGAACCUGCAUCUAUAGGUUGCGCCGCUUUGCUCUCCAAUCCGUCCGCCGUAGAAAAAGUGCCAAUUGAGGAUGCUGUUGCUCACCCGCAACCAUGCGCUGUCGAAUCAGCGCCGGGAGAGGGUGCCUCUACGUGCCAAGAACCGUCCACCGUCGAUCCGGUACCCUCGAAUAAACCCUCCAUCGGGAGCGAACUGCCGCUGAUUGGCGUGCCAGCAGAGGGCGCCGGUCCGACGCGGCGGCAUGCCGGUGCCGUCACGGACGAGGACGUGAUCCGAACGCGCCCCGUCGAGCGGCGCCCCCUGGACUUCCGCGGCAAGCUGUACCUCGCGCCGCUGACGACCGUGGGCAACCUGCCGUUCCGUCGCGUCUGCAAGCGCUUCGGCGCCGACGUGACGUGCGGAGAGAUGGCCGUCGCGACGAAUCUCCUGCAGGGCCAGCAGUCCGAGUGGGCGUUGCUACGGCGACACGCGUCCGAGGACGUGUUCGGCGUGCAGCUGUGCGGCUCGCAUCCGGACGCGAUGACGCGGUGUGCGCAGCUGCUGCGGGAACACGCCGACGCCGACUUCGUCGACAUCAACGCCGGCUGCCCGCUCGACCUCGUCUGCCACAAGGGGGCGGGCUGCACGCUGAUGACGCGCGCGGCGCGACUCGAGACGAUCGUCGGCGGCAUGGCGGCGGCACUCGACGGCGUCCCGCUGACGCUGAAGAUGCGGACGGGCUUGACGAGCGAGAAGGGACUCGCGGCGGGCGUGGCGCGGCGCGCACGCGACUGGGGCGGCGUUGCGCUCAUGACGGUGCACGGCCGAUCGCGUCAGGCCCGCUACACGCGCCGCGCCGACUGGGCGUACGUCGGCGAGUGCGCGCGCGCGGCCGCGCCCGUCCCUGUGUUCGGCUGCGGCGACGUGCUCUCGUACGACGACUACGAGCGCUGCGUCGCGACGCCGGGGGUCGCCGGGGCGAUGAUCGCGCGCGGCGCCCUCUACAAGCCGUGGCUGUUCGCGGAGAUCCGCGAGCGCCGCGACUGGGACAUCAGCGCGGGCGAGCGUCUCGACGUCCUGCGAGAUUUCGUCGCGUUCGGCCUCGAGCACUGGGGCUCGGACGCGGCCGGCGUGGAGACGACGCGCCGAUUUCUGCUCGAGUGGCUGUCGUUCCUGCACCGCUACGUGCCCGUCGGGCUGCUGGAGCAACCGCCGCAGCGCAUCAACGAGCGGCCGCCGUCCUACGUCGGGCGCAGCGACCUGGAGACGCUGAUGGCGAGCGGAAGCUGUGCUGAUUGGCUGACGAUCAGUGAGAUGCUGCUGGGACGAACGCCGGACAGCUUUGUGUUCCUGCCGAAGCAUCGUGCGAACGCGUACAAGUGAGCGGCUGCCGCCCGAUAACAUCACGAGUGUAUAAUACAGGGUAAAAAAUACACGGGAGCGAUGAGCGAUUCGCUCUUCAAACCUCCGGUAUCGCUCCCGUGUGGCUCAA